GUCUGGAUAUUCAGGCAGUUCCUUCUCCACUCAAUCAAACCUCAUAUGACCCCAGUAUCAGUUGGAAUUAGAUCUUGGUUUUUGAUUCAGUCAGUGUAUUUCACAGCCACUCGGUUAUUUCUUCACAUUAAGUCAGAUUUUUAUAAAUGUUUUUAAAUGAUCUGUUUUGAUUUCACCCUGUUAUCGAGGAUGACCUUUAGUUGGCCUUUCCUGAUCUGCAGCGUUAAACUUUACUCAUUACUAAUGCUCCACUGACCAAACACACACACACACAGACACACACACACACAGGUGAAGGUGAGAGGCAGAUGGGUGGGCCGUGCGGCUCUUUAGUGGCCCUGCGUCUGCCCGGGGGCCUCAGAGCAGCAGGGAUGUCGCAGGUGAAGGAGGCUGAGGACCCGGCCCGGAGCCACCUGGACUGCUCAGACCUCUACUCUGACAUGGCCACCGUCAGCUCCAGCGCAGACGUCGGGGGCUCGGCGAGGACGGGGCCGGCCUGUGAGCGGCCCGGGUCGGCGGGCCCGGGCAGGCGGGGCAGGGCCUACCCCUCCCCCGCCCGCAGGCGCCACCGCACCACCUUCAGCCACAAGCAGCUGGAGCAGCUGGAGGUGGCCUUCGGCCGGAACCAGUACCCGGACAUCUACUACCGGGAGGAGCUGGCCCGGCUCACCAGGCUGAACGAGGCCCGCAUCCAGGUCUGGUUCCAGAACCGGAGGGCCAAGCAGAGGAAGCAGGAGCGGGCGUCGCACAAAGUCCUCCCGGCGGGCGUGAUGCCGGGCCACAGGCCGCUGCUGGGGGGCGUGCACGUGCAGCCCUCCGCCGUGGCCCGACAGUUCUACCCCCAGCCUCUGGCCCACCUGCCGCGCCUCUCCCCGGUGCUGCCCCCCUCCGGGGCGUACGGCCGCCACCCGCCGGGCCCGGUGGGGCAGUGCCCGUGCCCCGGCGUGGCCUCGCAGCCCCCCUCCCAGCGGCAGCACGACGACUGGUACCUGGCCUCCCCCGUCUUCUCCCUGAGCAGCAUCCAGCCCCUGGACCCCGCGUCCCACUGGAAUUAGAGCCAUGGUAA